AUGACUGGUGCUUUUGUAUCUUCCCUUCCAUCACCUGAUGGGUCUGUUGAUGAAAACUCAGCCGGCUUCUUCAAGGCCCAACCCACAUCCAACAAUGGCAUCGAUACACCUCCACAUGAGUCAAAGCUGGAAGAAGAUCAUGAUCGCCUGUGUCAAUUCCCUAGUGUGGAUAUUUCCCCAUCACAACCUUCUGAGUCCGUUGUGGCUGUGAUUGGAGUGGGUUACGUGGGCUAUCAACUUGUUCAGGCCUUUGCCAAAGUUUACCAUGUUGAAGCCUACGAUGUGGAUCAGAAACGUCUUGACUUGCUAAAAGAGACGGAGACAAAUCCAAACAUCUACUACACCAGCAACCCCAGCGAUAUUUCCAAGGCAACCCAUUUCCUCAUCUCCGUUCCUACUCGUCUGCAUAAUAACAACACCGUUGACACCCAGCAUCUCGAGAGUGCCAUCUCUCUUGUCGCUCAAUAUGCAAGGAUGGGAUCGACUGUUAUCAUUGAAAGCUCAGUAGCAGUCGGCAUGACCCGCCAACUCGUCAAGGAGGUCAUGCUAGCCAAGGGCCUGAAGGCGGGCAUGUCUCCCGAGCGUGUCGAUCCCGGUCGCGUCAGCCCUGCGUUUGAAGCAAUUCCAAAGAUCAUCUCCGGUCUCGACGAUAUCACUCCUGGAUCACUUGCUAGCAUCCACACCUUAUACCAGGAAAUCUUCGAGCACCUAGUCCAUGUAUCCUCCCCCGAGGUUGCCGAGAUGACAAAACUGUACGAGAAUUGCCAGCGUAUGGUCUGUAUUGCCCAUGCAAACGAGAUGGCCGACGCGUGUCAUGAAAUUGGAAUCAACGCCCUCGAGGUCUCGGCCGCGGCGGCCUCCAAGCCGUUCGGUUAUCAGCCAUAUUCCCCUGGCCUCGGUGUUGGUGGUCACUGCAUCCCGGUGAACCCAUAUUACCUCCUCAUGAACUCCGAGUUCCCUCUACUCCAAGCGGCAACGGAGAGAAUGGCUGAUCGGCCCGCACGAUUGGGAGACCGAGUGAUGAGAAAAUACAUCCGGCAGUGUAAGCCGACCAAGGAACGCAACUAUCGGACACGGAUCUUGGUGGUGGGAGUGGGUUUUAAGCGCGGACAGUCGGUGCUGAGCAACUCGCCGGCUCUGGCUCUGGUGCGUCACUUGCUUUCGGAGUGGGAGGCGUACGUUGCGUUUGCGGAUCCCUUGGUAUCGGCGGAGACAGUCCCUUUCGUACCCCGGAUGGAUGAGAAGACUCAGUGGAACAAGAACAGCUUGGAACAUUUUGAUAUCAUCAUGGUCGCUGUGAACCAGGUGGGAUUGGACCUGACUGUGCUGGAUGAGCUUGAAGGUGUGAUGAUUGAGAACUUUGCCACUCUUUGUUAG